UUACGGUCAUUGAUAAGGCCCGGCACUGCAACAUCAUUCAACAGACUUCAACUUCAAGACUGCACCUGUACCUUGCCUAACGGGUCACGUCGCUGUCCCUCCCUUUCGCUAGGUUGUAUAUGUUGGGAGUCAAAAUGUUAAGAAUAUAGUCUUAUUAAGGCGACGAUGCCGAGCAACGCAAUACAGGAAGAAACUGCUGGUGGCGAUGGAGCAGUGGAAGCAAGCUCUUCAUUAGGGAGCUUCGCGGAAGACGGCGUACUGGAGCCAGAAAUUGAAGAGGACGAUCAGCUGCCGGCUGCAUCUGCACACUUGCCGCCGCGACCCCCGCGUAAUGCGCUCGUCCGAAGUUCUGCGCCGAUGGGCGCUCGGAUGGCAGCAGCGGACCCUUAUGCGGUCGUGUGGGAGCAGCACGUUGUGCCCGGCCUAGCAAAAACCAGCACCAUGCCCCGUCGCUCGGCGGAGCGCAGUCCCGCCAAUCGGAUUCCCAAGUCCCUCUCCACGGCUUACCUCAUGCCCGGAGGUUUUGUGGCGGAGGGGGUCACGGGGUCGGAGGGAGGGCUGGCCUGGUGUACAGGCACGAGCACAGGCAUGGGCACGGUGCCAGAGGCAGGGCAGCAACAAGAGCUCCACCCACCGCUGUCACCGCUGCCGCCCACGCCCCAGACGCCGGCGGAGGCGGCAGUGCCGGGCCUGGGCCCCGGCCCGGGUCCUGUGCAGCUGGGGACUGGGCCGAGCUUCACAGGCCCCACCGGCGCCGGCCCUACCGGCGGCGUCGCGACGCCAGGCGCGCUAGCGGCGCUAGCUGGCGGCAUGCCGGCAACGCCAAGCGGCAGCGGCACCACAGCGCUGGCGUCGACGCCGUCGGGCGCCGCCGCCGCCGCCGGAUCCUUGCCGUACGCUGUACGGCACCCGACGAUAGGCCACGUGGGGUACGGCGGCGGGGUGGCGGCGGGCGGCGGCGCGGGCAUGCGUGGAGUCGGCGGCCUUGGUGGCGGCGGCGGCGAGGCGGAUGAGGGGCUUCAGAGUUGGCGGUCGUAUGUGGCGGCGGAGUCGAGGCCGGCGGAGAAGCUGCCGACGGCGGACAUCGUGUGGGGCCAGACUGAGCGGGAGCGCGUUUACAACUUCCUGCUGCACGUGCCGUACCAGCUUGAGCGCCUGAUCGGGUUCGGGUCGCUGCUGCUGGUCGACUCAUUCCUGGGCGUGUUCACGCUGCUGCCGCUUCGUGUGUUGGCGGCGCUGGUGCAGCUGUGCCGCGGCCUCAUACAGCGCCGCGGCCCCGGCGGCCCCCGCCCCAGCACAAGCGCCGCCAGCCGCCGGACUGCAGCAGCCGUGCGCAUCUCAGCAGACGGCGGCGUCGGCGCCGCCGCUGCGGCGGCGCCGCCGCCGCCGGCACAUGCCUCCGCCGCGGGAACGCGCUCGACCCCCUCCGCCUCCACCGCCUCCACCUCCUCCGCCGCCUCCGGCUCGCAACAGCCCCAACAAUCCCUCCCCCACACGCCGCACGCACCGCACGCGCCGCAUGGCUCUGCCCCCGCCCCCGCCCCGGUGGCGCGUCUGUCCGGCAGCCAGCUUUACGACAUGCUGUGCCUGGCCAUCCUGUGCGGCGCCGCCGUCGUGCUGCGUGCUGUGCGGCCCGGCGCCAUCUACUAUUGGCUCAAGGACAUCACCAGCGAGUUCCUCAAGAUGUCUGUGCUGUCCACCGCAUUCGACAUGAGCGACAAGAUCCUGUCCAACUUCGGCAACGACGUGCUAGAGGCGCUCAGCGGCACCUGCACCCAGUGGCUGGCGGGCGGCGGCAAGAAGCGCGCCGGCCACGUGGCGGCGGACGCGGCAGUGGCGGGGGUGGUGGUGACGCUGCACGGCCUCACGCUCAUGUGCCAGGCGCUGAUUGUGGCUGUGGCGCUGAACUCCAGUCGCAAUGGGCUGGUGGCGCUCCUCAUCGCAAACAACUUCGUGGAGAUAAAAAGCACCGUGUUCAAGAAGUGGGACAGCACACGCAUCUGGGCGCUGGUGUGCGCGGACGCGGUGGAGCGCUUCCAUCUGUGGGUGGUGCUGGCCUUCGUGGUGGUGGAGGAGAUGGACAGCAGCAGCAGCUGGGCGCCGCCGCCCGACUACCUGCGCGUGUGCGGGCUCAUGCUGGCGGCGGAGGUGGGCAUCGACGUGGUGAAGCACGCCGUGCUGGGCAAGUUCAACGACGUGCGCCCCGGCAUAUACCGCGAGUUUCACCAGGAGCUGUGCACCAAGGCCCUCGCCGCCCAGAGCCACUCCGCGCCCCGCCUGCUGUUCUUCCACCACCUUGCGCCCGCCGCACUGGCGCUGCGCAUCGCCACCACCCUGUUCUGGCUGCGAGUGGAGACACGCGCGCAGGUGUGGCAGCGAGUGGGCGUUGUGUCGGCGCUGUGGGUGGCAGCCUGCGGCUUCAAGCUGCUGUACGGCUACGGCAUAAAGCUGCUGGCGCACUACUUCGUGUCGUACUACAGCCGGAAGUACGGCAACAAGCACGGCGGGCGGCCGGGGCCCGUCGCGCGCGCGGCGGCGGGUGGCGUCGUGGCGCCGCCCCCGGUGCCGCUGCCCGCCGCGGCGGCUGCGGCGGCGGGCGGCUCCGGAGCGGCGGGCGCGGGUGUGGGCGGUGUUUCGGGGCCCACUGGUCUUAGUGGGGGCGCGUCGGUGUCCGCGGGCGGCACCGCACCGACGCCUGGGGCGACGCCGUCAGCUGCGGCUGCCGCUGCAGCGGCCGCAUCGGCAGGGGCAGUAGCAGGGCCGCCGCCGCCGUCGCCACGCAAUUGGUUCUUCGGCGCUGGCGGCGGCGCCGCCGCGCCCGGUAGCGCCGCUGCCGCAACGCUGGCUGCGGCGACCGCGGCAGCCGCGGGCGGUGUUUCUGCUGCGCCGGUGGCGGCGGGUCUGCUGGGCGGCGGCGGCGCCGCCGCCUCGGCGGCGCUCCCGGCGGCGCCGUCACUUGACGUCUUGUUGGCGCAGUCGCAGCGCCCCAUAGGGAAUCCCCAGGCUGCAGACGGCAACCCUGCUGGGGCCGCGGGGGCGACUGGCGCGGGCCCCGACGGCGGCGGCAGCACCUCGGGCCCGGCGGCGCUGCAGGCUGCGGAGGCGCUCGCGGACAGCCCUCCCACGCCCUCGCCAUCCGCCGCCGCCGGUGCUGCUGCCGCUGCCGCCACCGCUGGUGCCACCCCGGCGCCGCUCCUCGCCGGCCAUGCAGUGGUGCCGCCGGCGGCGCCCGGCGGUGGCCAUAGCUUGAACGGGCUGGCGCCGGUGUCUCCGGCGGGGGCGCUGACACACACGCAGUCCAGCCUGAGCCUUGGCGGCGCCGUGCCGCACAGCAGUGGCCCGCAGGCGGCCUCAACCUCAGCAGCGAUGUCGUCAGCGGCGGCGAGCCUGUCGCAGCGGCGGCACAGCGCCGUGGUGAUGUCCAGCACGGCCACGGCCACGGCGGCGGCGGCGCCGCCGCCAGGUGUUGCUGGCGGCGGCGAUGCCGGCGGCGGGAGUGCGCUGUUGGGUUCGGCGUCGGUGGGGGCGCCGGCCACCAUAGCAACGCUGCUAGCGGCGCUCGGAGGCGUGGGGGCAGGCGGCGCGGGCGGGGGGGUGCCGGACGGGCAUGCCAAAGUGGAGUGAAGAGCGGCGUGGCGUGUGGGUGCCAGCCGUGGUGCCAGCGUUGGGUUGGGGGCCGCAGGGGCUUGUGGCUGGGGCGUGCGGGUUGACGGGGAAGCUUGCUGCUUGCAGCGCGCGCACACGUGCGGAGGCAGGUGAUCGCUCGGGAUGGGGUACGCAUGAGUCAGCAUCAUGCUGCCAAGACACCCAAUGUUUGGUGCCCCCGUCGCCCAUGCCUCAUUUGGUGACCCUACGACGGCAGGCGUGCGCUGUUGUAUAUGUGGCGCGGUGAUAGCGCUUGAGCAGAUUCUAUCGAGUGAAAGCGACCGUGAUGGCUGAGGUUGACGUCGUCGUGUGAGGCAUGUCUAAGUCCACAAGGCAUGGCGUGGCGGGUUACACUGUAUGUAACACUGACAUAAGUGGAUGCGCACGGUUCUUGUGUGCAAGGUCCGUAAACAUCCGUUUGCACGGUCGCAGGGGUUUGCAGAAUACGCAGUCCACCCCUGGGUGUAGGCGAUACAUCGUAGCGUGCAGCACGCAGGCUGCGUUCCAGACAGAUGCUGUAAGAAGGGGCAGGUGAACGCAGGUGCGGUCACUUUGGAAGGCUCGGUUUGGUGCGACAGGUGGCGAAACAGGUGGCAAAUGCCGGUAGCAUUCGUAAGCGUCGCUUUUGUGCAACAAAAGUUGGUCAAUUGUUUU